AAUUACCCCCUGCAAAGCAAGAAGGCGCCAUUGCUGUUCAGCCAUUUUUCCAACAUGGCGUCUGUUGUCGGCUCAGAAGUCGAAAUUCAGGAGGUAGAGGUGGAGACCAUGCCCGUGGUCGAAACCAUCGAGACGACAGUGGAAACGCAGCCCAUGAUAGCGUUACAGCCGCUGCCCGAGCCCGGUCGCGAGGAGGUUAUCCUACAAACGCACGAGGAAAUCGUGGGAGACGAAGAAGAGAUCCACAAUGACUCCGAGGAAAUCGACCAUAUCCCUGUGCCCAUGCCGGUGGAGAUCGAGGAACACAUGAACGUGAGCGCGGCCGGCAAGCGAGGGAGGCGGGCCACGAAGAAGGGCAAGCGGGGAGCGGCGUUCGGGGACCUGGGAGACGCCGAGAGGUCGCGGAAAUGGGAACAAAAGCAGGUCCAAAUAAAGACACUGGAAGGCGAGUUCUCCGUGACGAUGUGGGCUUCUGAGGAUAGCAACAAAAAGCUGCCCGAGCCCGAACCGGAACCUCCGGCGCCGCAGCCGCAGCCCAUCCCCGACUUCAGCGAGUUCAUGACCGGCAAGAAAAUUCCGUCGGGCGGCAUUCCGGGCAUCGACUUGUCGGACCCCAAGCAACUUGCGGAGUUUGCCAAAAUCCGCAUGAAACCAAAGAAGAACAAGGAAGAUGAUUCCAAGACAAUUGCAUGUCCACACAAGGGCUGCACAAAGAUGUUCCGAGACAACUCUGCGAUGCGGAAGCACCUGCACACACACGGGCCGCGGGUCCACGUCUGCGCCGAAUGUGGAAAGGCGUUCGUAGAAAGCUCCAAGUUGAAAAGGCACCAGCUGGUCCACACAGGGGAGAAGCCUUUCCAGUGUACGUUUGAGGGUUGCGGGAAGCGGUUUUCGCUGGACUUCAACCUGCGCACCCACGUGCGUAUCCACACGGGCGACCGGCCCUACGUCUGCCCCUUCGACGGCUGCAACAAGAAGUUUGCCCAGUCCACCAACCUGAAGUCCCACAUCCUCACCCACGCCAAGGCCAAGGCCCAGCAACAACAGCAGCAGGCUUUAACCAGCCCCAUUCUCACCAUGCCCACAUCUACCAUGACCCUACAGAUGUAACCCUGCACAUUAGCAACACUAAACUACAGAUGUAGUUCGGUACUUUAGCAACACUUCUGGCAACACUAAACCUGACUCCAGGCCCUCACCAUGCCCACAUCUACUAUGACCCUACAGAUAUUUCCCUGCACUUUGCAAGUAUCUCGAUGCUAAACCAUGCUCCCAUCAGCAUGUUGGCAGAACAUACUGCACCUGCUCGAAACCCGUAAUGUACUGUGCAUAGCACUUCGGCAGAACGUCUCAUAUAAGGUCGUAUUUGCACAAAUAUAAGGUUACCAUCCCGUUUGUGUUUUCUAAAUGUUGUUAAGUCGGGAAAGAUAUUGUCUGCAACAGGCAAAAUUCUGAUGCAACGUUGACCAAAAAUCGUGAAAAAUCCGGGGUUCAUGCAGGCACAGUGCUUUCUGCCGACAUGCUACUCCCAUCUAGCUGCAGACUUUGUAAAGACAAUUUCAAAUUAUACAUAUUAUAUGACAUGGACUGUUUACUCAGAUGUUAUAGUAUAAAGGCCCUGCGUAGCAUUAUUAAUUAUAUCUGCAUUGCACGUAUACCAUGAUUUGUUAAUCGUACAUAGAAAAAUUGCAGGUUGCGCAGAAUACUUUGUUCCAAACUGUAGCCUGCUUCAGUGCUUGUUUCUCAGGUAAAAAAAAAACUAACUUGAACCAGCAGCGACCGGUGGAAAAUCUAACUUGUAGAUUAUUUUAGAUUGGUUUUAUCUGUGGUUGCUUCUGGUAGCGAGACAGAUCCAAAUGUAUCCAGGAAGAACCUCUGAAAGGGUCACGUUUCCAUAGCUGCAACUUCUGUGUGGCAUGUAAUGCACACACUCGUGUAUGUCAGGUCAGGCUGCCAUCUAUAUCACAACUUUGGUGACACACAUGCUGUUACAGUAAUAGUUUUGUUUGUUUGUGUUAUGAGAAUCAUCCUGUCAUUUCACAUUUGUACUGCAGAUGUGUACUGGUGUACUAGUAUUACUAGUAAGAGGUGCUGGUGUCCUGUGUUGAAGGCAGGUUUCUGACUUCUCCAGUUGUGAGUUUUCAUCUUUUCAUCUGAACACAACAUGACUUGGGAGGAGGAUAGUCUGAUUGUUUCAAACCUUACAUGAAAUUCUUUCAGCUGUGAUUUUGAUUGAUCAAAUCUAUAUUGCAGGUCAUCUCUAGAUGCUUUUGGGAGUGGUGGAUAGUCAUUAUGUAAUUAUAGCGGAAAAGAAACAAUGAAUUAUAGAAAUGAGCAGGGCAUUAACUAAGUGUGGCAAAGUUGAAUUUGUUACAACUGAAACAUGUUUGUCACAUACGCUUUCAUAUGUUGAUACACAGAGUUUAUGUAAAAUGGUAUCUGUUGAUACACUAGCUGUGUGCUCACCCUUUGGAAUUUCAAGUAAUAUAAAGCUGUGAGUCUGAAAACCAGAAAAAUGUCACCCUUCCCACUAUCAAACCAACAGUUAAUUGAUAUUCCAAACUGUAAGAUAUUACAGGAUCUUUUGUGAUUUUCAUAUGUGUAUGUCAGUACUGCAACUUUGGGGACAUGAGACAAUGCAAGUGCCUCUUGUUAUGAUAGAGAAAAGCUAGCAGACUCCCCGUGCAUGCAUAGCGAUACGUCAAUAGUGCUGAUGAUAUCAAAGGGUUUGGAGAAAUUAUUACAUAGUUUUUGUCAUGGUUAUUAUCAGUAUAGAUGUUUACGUAUUUCACUAGAGGAGGUUUAAGACAGACUUGAACCUGCUUGACCAGAGUAAUGAUGAUCAUGAAAACUUGCUGUUUGUUCUGUCUAUACACACAUGGGUCUGGCUGUAUAUGAAAGCUUCCUAGUGUAGCCCUGCCCUACAGGGGUGUCUGCCACAUAGCCACCGAGUACUUAGUUGUCUGGCGUCAGUUGAUUCUUGGGCAUUUGCAAGACAAAGUGUAUAUAUAUCCGUGCAGAAGUGUUGACCCAAACCUUGUACAUGAUUCUUGGCUUCGUGUGAAUUUUCACUAACUGUGAGUUUUCUCGUUGGUAAGUUCGCCUUGUUAAUCGCCGUGGGUUGGCUGUAUGUGGUAAAAAAUGGUGUCUGUAUUAUUGUGUUUAAUUUGCUUGAUUUCUGUAAGAGCUUCUAGUCUGCUGCAGAUUUUAAUUUCUUGUAUUUAUUCCCCCUAAUUAGAACCAGAUGAGUUCGGAGUACUUUACAGUAUAAUGCAGGCUUAUUACGAUAUGUUAUCUAGAGUUCACAGGAGACAUUUUGUAUGAGUGGUGCCGUCAUCACAUGUAAUGUAUAUAAAAGAAUUGUUGUUGGAAUAGGCCAAAUAAAAAGGCAUGUGACUUGAUCAGUGGGAACAUGGACUGAAACAGAUCUAAAUGUUAGUUUAUGCCAUGUUCGAGGAACUGAAGAGGGAAUAAAUUCCAAGUGGACUGUA